UUUGACCAGCCCACUCUGAAUGCCUUCAUGGCUCUUGGUUAUGAGGCGUGGAAGGAGGCCAGGAGGACCUUGCAGAGGUUGCUGUCAGCCAGUGACAGCACACUGAGAGAUGAUGUCAGCCUUCGCAGCAGAGCAUUCGUCCAUCAGAGUAAAGUCACCAUGCAUCUUCCUGCAGACAUUGGUGAUUACACCGACUUCUACUCCUCCAGAGAUCAUGCCACCAAUGUUGGCAUCAUGUUCCGGGGGAAGGAGAAUGCUCUGAUGCCAAACUGGUUGAGGCUUCCAGUGGGAUACCAUGGUAGAGCAUCAUCUGUGGUUGUUUCUGGGACCCCCAUCCGUCGCCCCUCAGGCCAGAUGAGACCUGACCAGACAAAACCUCCAGUGUUUGGCCAGUCUAAACAGUUGGACAUUGAGCUGGAGAUGGCCUUCUUUGUUGGAGGAGGGAAUCAGCUUGGGGAGCCCAUUCCCAUCGAGAAGGCCCAUGAACACAUCUUUGGCAUGGUACUCAUGAAUGACUGGAGUGCCAGGGACAUUCAGGCAUGGGAGUAUGUUCCUCUUGGUCCUUUCCUGGGGAAGAACUUCGGGACAACCAUCUCACCCUGGGUCAUCCCAAUGGAGGCACUGUUACCCUUUGCAGAGCCCAACCCCAUCCAGGAUCCAGAUCCCCUCCCCUACCUGCAACACCAUGAUGCUUACACUUUCAACAUUAAUCUGUUUGUGUCCCUUAAAGGACAGGACAUGGCAGAGGCAGCAACCAUCUGCAAGUCAAACUUUAAGUACAUGUACUGGACCAUGAAGCAGCAGCUCACCCAUCACACAGUCAACGGUUGUAAUGUCAGACCGGGAGACCUGCUGGCUUCUGGUACCAUUAGUGGACCUGAUCCAGGAAGUUUUGGCUCCAUGCUAGAGCUGUCAUGGAGGGGAUCUAAGAGCAUUGACCUGGGAGGAGGAGAAACCAGAACUUUCCUCAAAGAUGGAGAUGAAGUCACCAUCACAGGUUACUGUCAAGGAGAUGGAUAUAGAGUGGGCUUCGGACUCUGUACAGGAGUCAUCCUCCCUGCCCUGCAACAUUGAAACACGCUUACUGUUACUGGAGUGGUCAUCCUUUUGUAGAACAUAAAUACUGAAAGACACAAACUUAAACACUUGCAGUGUCUCACACUGCUUUGACAUUUACUGACGAUGAAUGGAGACAACCACAACCAAAACUCCACACAGACACACAUCUUUAGCUUAAAAUGACAUAUACAGUGUAAUUUAAUAAUUGAUGAGUUUUUUUCAGAUGUAGUGGACAUAGUCUCAGAGCUCUGUAGAGCUGUGUCCUUGUUAAAGAAUUCCUCUGCAAUAUUCAUCUAACAGAGGGAUGCUCCUACAUUACGUCACUGUGUUACUGCUAUACCAGCAUCAGUGUUAUUGCACAACUACAUUGGGAAUUUCUUCCAGAAAUGACAAACUCAUUUAGUCAGACAUACAGUAUUUGUUAUUAAUUUAAAGUCAUUUUCUGUCUUUUCUUAUCAGCAAAUUUUGUGCAGACCCAAACAAACAAUAAAUUGAUUCUACUGACAA